ACAUGGCUGCUGCCUAUAAGUCCUCGAAGGUAGGUGCUGUCUUACGUACUUUGCAAAAGCAAGGUGUUCUUCAACCCUCUGAGGCUCGCAAAGGGGAAGAUGUCAUCCUGGCCUACGACCUUGACGCCUUGGAAGCAGGUUUUCGGAGCCUCACGGAGGCUUUCCCGGCUCAUUUUCUCCAUUGCUACGCGAUGAAAGCCGCCCCCAUGGGAUUCAUUGUUGAAAAAGCCAUCCAGGCAGGGCUUGGUAUCGAAGCGGCUUCCAUUUUGGAGGUGGAAAAUGCCCUUUUGCAC